AAAAUUUUUUGAUAAAUAUAUUUAUAAAAUUAUUAAAUGAAGAAAAAUUAUUGUAUUUAUAUAUUUUAUAAAUAUUACAUUAUAUAAAUAAAUUUGAUAAUAAAAUAUCUAUAACUAACUGAUGCCGAAUAUUAUAAUUGUAUUAUAAUCGAUUGUUAAACGUAUGAAAGCGAUAAAAUAAUAUUUAUGAUACGGAUAGCAUUUUAAUAUAUAAUAAAAAUGCAUUAUUUUAAAUACAAGAAAUUUAUUAUGACUUUUAAUAUUGUGAGAAAUAUGGCUACUCUUAAAAGAUUUUAUCGAAAAACAAAUAUAUUAUCAAGUAGUGGAAAAUAUGAAAUUACACUUGAUCAAAGAAAACUCAAAACACCACAAGGAAAAAUAUUUCAAGUAGAUAGUAAACCUUUAGCUUUAGCUAUAGCAACUGAAUGGGAUAUGCAAAAACAAAUUAUUGAUAAAAGCAAUAUGCAUUUGACAGCACUUUGUAAUACUGUGAUUGAUAAUCCUCACAACUAUACAAAAGAAGAUAUGGUAAAUUAUAUUGUAAAUUCUUUAGAAAUGGAUACAUUAUUAUUUCAUUCAAGUGAAAGUGAUGAAUUACAUAAAUUACAAACUGAAAAUUGGGAUCCACUAGUACAAUGGUUUUGUGAUAAUUAUAGAGUAAAUAUGAUAAAAACUCAAAGUAUAAUAGCCCCUACUAUAUCUUCAGAAACUAAAAUAAUAUUGACAAGACAUUUAAUGUCUUAUAAUUACAGUGCAAUUUAUGGUUUUAUGUAUGGAGUAGAUGCAAUCAAAUCUGUAAUUCUUACACUAGCUGCAGCAGAAGAAGUCAUUAGUAUAAAAGAAGCUGUAAAACAAUCGCGUUUGGAGGAAAAUUAUCAAAUUUCUCAUUGGGGAUCUGUAGAAUGGUUUCAUGAUCAUAAUAAAUAUGAUUUACAAGCUCGUUUAGCUGCAGCUAUUUUAUUUGUGCAUUUGAAUUCUUAUUCUGUAUCAUAUCAACCAAAACAAAAUAAUAAAAAUUAAUUGAAUUCAAUAUAAAAUUUAAUUUCAUAUAAUAUAUUGAAAUAAAAUUAAAUAAUAACAUAAUAUUUUUAUUA